AAAAUCACCUAUUGAGUCCCAGUAAAAAAAAACCAUUGACGUCUUUAACACUCAGCUGGCUGUCGAGGUUGUCGAGUGUUAUGUAAAAAGAGCUGUGCUUUCGACCAUGGCGGCUGCGGCAAAAAAGCAGGAUUUGCCACCAAUUGGUGGUUAUAAAAAGAUCCUCUUCGCAAGAAAUCCAGCAAAAACGUACUUUAAUGGCUACCAGAUGAUCGCUGCAUAUUUCGGCAUUACGACAGCCAGUUGCUACGUUUACUACCUGACAUGGAAAGAAAUCUAUCGCGAUGAGAUCGAAAUGAGAUCCGGCAGGUUUGCAUUGGCUGCAAUGUUGCAAGCCGAAAGAGAUCGAGAAUAUUUGAAACAACUUCGUCGGAAUCGUGAUGAAGAAGCCGAAUUGAUGAAGGAUGUUGAAGGAUGGAAGGUUGGCACUUGGUUCGGUGAGCCAAUUUAUAAAACAACCCCAGCUGAUACGUUCCACGAUCCGAUUUUCAAAGAAUUCUACGCUCAUACAUCGUACAAGGAGUUUGCGAAGCGUGCAUUUUUGAAAGAAUGGACAUAAAUCGUGUACACUGCCCGGGUAAUGCAUUGUAGUUGGUCAUCUUCGGAAAUGUUUAGGUAAACUCGUUACAAUAAAAUGUCAUAAUUGAAGCAGCAAAUGAAGAGAAAAAUAAAUUUUAACGAGACAAAA